AUGAUUCCUUCUGAACUGCUUAGAGCAGAGGGAGGAGAAGAGGGAGGUUUGUAUGAGAGAGCACAGGGGGAAGAAAGAGGGUUAGGGACUCGAGGAGAAGGAAGGGGAGUUGGGGGGAAAGAGGAGACGAGGGGAGUGGGAGCACGGGGAGGGGCAGGUGGGGCAGCAGCGGGAGGCGCAGUGGGAGGAGAUGUGAAGGGUGGAGGGAGACCGAGAGGCAGGUCACAGGUCAACGUUUUUAAGAGCGAUGAGGAGCCGUCCAGCUCAUCAGAGGAGAGUGAUGACGUGGAUGAGGCGAGUGAUGACGUGGACUGGGAGAAAGCAGAGUGGAGAGGGGCGGCAGGGAGGAGAGGGGGAAGGGGAGGGAAGCCAGAUGAGUUAGGGGAUGCUGAUAGUCCUGAGGCCUCAGUAGAUAUAGACAAGCCGGUGGGCGAGGAUGGAGCAACGGCUGCUUUAGGGCAAAGAGGAUGGAGACUGACGGGCGUGUCUGCAGGGAGGGAGGAGAAGGGUGUGGGUGGGAAGGGUAUGGAUGCGCGUGAUUGUAAGGAGCGGGGCCGUAAUGGGAAACCCUGUAAAGAGAAGGAUCAAGAGUGUAACGAGGACUGUAAGGGAGGAUGUGAUAUUGAUACUUGUUGUGAGGGGAGAGACUGGGGGGGAAAGGAGUGUGAGAAUGGGUUAGGGAAGGAGUGUGGAGCGGAUGAGUACAGAGGCUUGUAUGGGCAUGGGGACUUUGGUGGGGAUGGGGAGUAUGAUGGGCAUGGGGAGUGUGAGGAGCUCGGGUGGUAUGCAGAGCAUGCAGGCGGUGAUGGUGCGGGGUGGUGGGGGCUGGACGCGUGGGAGGAGGAGCUGAGGGGCGAGGUGAUGCGGUGUGGCGGGGAGUAUGGGUGCGGAUUGUUGGAGGAGGUGAGAGGGGCGGAGGUGGGAGUGGAAGGGGAGGAGAAGGGGGUGGGGAAGGAGAAGGAGGAGAAGAGGGAUGGUGGGGAGGAUGAGGAGGAGGGGGAGGGGGUGGAAGUAGAAGAGGAGGAAGUCGAGGAGGUGAAAGAGGAGGGUAAAGACGAGCGCACGGUUCAUGUGACAGAGCCGGGGGAAUCAGGGGAAGCGAGGAAAUCAGCGGAAGCAGAGGAGCGCUUAGGGGAGCAGUGGGAGAAAAGAGGCACGGAUGGUGCAGUGUUGAAGACAUGUGAGUUGAGGGCGGGAGUUUCGGACGAGAAGGAUGAGGAGGGGGAGGAGUGGGGAUUGGCGGUGGGAAAUGAAGAGGAGAUUGAGGUGAAGGAGGAGGGUAGGGAGAAGAUGGAGGAGGAGGAGGGGUGGGAAGGGGGAAGAAGGGAAAAGGAGGAAGAGGAGGAAUGGGGCUGGGAGGAGGAGGUGAUGGUGGAUAAGGGGGGAAUGGAUGAAGCCAGUGGACGGAAGGGGAGGCGAUGGGCUCUGCGGGGGGAUACAGAUGGAGGGAAGAGCGGUGAAGAUGGAGGGAAGAGUGGUGCAUAUGGAGGGAAGAGCGGUGUAGAUGGAGCGAAGAGCGGUGCAGAUAGAGUCAAGAGGAAUGCAGAUGGAGGGAAAGGGGUUGCGAAUGUGGAUAAGAGAGAGUUGUUCCAAAACAGGGAAGGUAGCUUGGCAGACGAGUCAAAGCUGUCGACUGAUGACAGGGCUUUCGUGAAGAGACUGAAUGGGAAGAGUUUUCAGACAACUGAAAACUCUGGUGCAGGCAGAAGGAACGGGAAGCGAAUUGCUGCUGAUGUGGAUGACAAGCAGCAUGUAAAUAGAGGAGGAGGAGCCCUACCUGGCAAAAGGAUGGGUAAUGGUAUUAAUGGUAUUAUAGAGCUCGAGAAGAAGGAUAGUGAGAAGGGGGAUCUAAAGAAGAAAGAUUUUGUACAGAAGCAGGCCAAACGGGUUGCGGAGGCGGCAUAUGUGAAGAGUGUGGUGGUGAACAGUCGAGUGGGCCAGAAGGGAAGCCAGGGGGGCGAAGGGAGGGCGAGUUGUGGUGCGAAGAGAAAAGAAGCUGCACUGAAUGUGAGGAGGGAGGACUGUUUAACUAUGACCAGGGAGAAUGGGGGAGGUGGAGUGAGUGAAAGGAGGAACGCACUCACUCUGCUUCCCUUGAGGAACAGGGAAGGCUGUGAGACUGGAAGGGGCUCAUUAGCAGAAGAAAGUCCGAUCCUGCCUGUUGCUUCGAAGAAGCGGCGAGAGCAUGAGGAGGAGGAGCAGCAGCAGCAGCAGCAGCAGACUUAUCUGAAGAAGACUAAGACGAAGCAGGCAACGCUGCGACAGGCAGGAGAGGGAGGGGGGGAAGAGGAGUGCGGUAAAGGGCAGGAGAGAGAGGAGAGAAAACUGCGGGUUGGAUGCUGCGAUCAAGGGGUGGAAUACGCUGGUCAGGGUGGUGGAGUUGUUAGUACACCUAUGGCUGCCGCUGCCACUGCUGCUGCUGCGGUGGCUGCUGCCGGUGCUGCUGCGGCUGGUGCUGCUGCUGCAAAUGGCAAGGCUCACACGCAUGCUCGGGUGCAGAAGCAAAUGUCGACAUUGGGUGCAAGAACGGAAGGCGGCCGGUUCCCAGAAGUCAAGAAGAGUUGUAUUGGGUCAGAAGAUUUUAGUGAGAAGCGGAGUGGGAGUGGGAAGUGGAGUGGCAGUGGGCCACGGAAUGGAGUUCGGAGUCUGGCUGUGGAUGAGGUUGGGGAGGUUUCAGAGAGAGAUGGGGCAGCGAUGGGAAGGACGGAUGCAGGGCAGGAGAGAGAGAGGGUGAAGAAUGAGGCAGUGCAUGAUGAGGUGCAAGGAGACUGGGAAAGGAAGGGGGGAGUGGGAGAAGAAGGAACCAAGGAGGGGAGGGAAGAGUUGGAAGGGAGGGAGGGAAGGGAGCGGAAGGUAGGGAGGGAUGAGAGGCUGGGGAGACACAGGGAUGGGGUUGAGAAAAGGGAGGUGAGGAGAGAAAGCGAAGGAUGCGAGGAGCAGGAGUGCAAGAGAGUUAAGAGUGGGGAGGGUGGCCGGGUGGCUAGAGUGGCGAGAAGGGUUUGUGAGUCAGGGCAGAGGCCAGGAGACGCUGGGCUGGAGGGCAGUGGAGUGAAGAGAAAAGGGCUGCGUGUAGAAAGGACAGGUUCUGAUUCUGCUGAAGAGGAUACUGUAAAAGGGGAUGUAAGGGAGCUGGAUAUUCAUGUGGAGGAGAAUACCGCUAGGUUGUUGCAGUGCAGGGGGCGAGAAGGUGAUGGUGAAGAUGCAGAAACCCAGCAGGCGGAUCAUUGCCCCAUACGUCCCACUCGCUUGGUCGCAGGGGGGAGUACACUGGCAGCAGCUACGUCAAGUUGUCCCACUGGCCCUCCUGCACCUCCUCCCGUUCUCCCCAAGCCCACUGCCCUCCAGCCCAGCCUCUUCUGUGGGGGAGCCCAAGCCCAAACCCCCCCACUGUUUUCUGGAACGCCUCAAAUUCAUGCUGCUUCUGUCUCACCUCCCUUUGAGGCGUCUCAGCAGCAUGUUGCACCAAUGUUGACAUCAAUUGAGAUAUUUCCCAAGCUCUCUGCCCCUCUCCCGACCCCCUGGGGCCCUCAGCUUGUGGGGUUCGGGGCUCAGGGCGAGACAGGGGCUGGACCACACAGGGAAACGGGUGGUGUAGUAGGAGGAGGGGAGGGAGGGGAAGGAGGGGAGCGAGAAGAAGGCAAGCAACGCGGGGAUUUCAAUCACAGCAAGAGCACGGGUUCUAGAGCGCUGGCACUUAGUAAAGCGGCAGAUUUUAGCAAAAUGCAGGCCUUCAAGUCUCCGUCAACUCUCAGUCAUGGAAGAGCGGCAGUUGCUGCUCCUAUGACUGGGGAAGAAGCAAGCCAGCAGCAGAAGCAGCAGCAGGGUGCGGCAGUGGUGACGCUGGCAGCAACGAGCAGCCCAGUAGAGCCGCAUCUGCGCUACCUCUACCGCAACCUCCUUGAAGGCGCUGCCAGACACGUCCACCCCACCUUUGCUGCCAGGCCCUUGCUUCAUACCUGUGCUGGCAUGGCCUUACCUCCCAACCGGCAUCUGCAGAAAGGCAUCUAUCCUCCUCGUGCUAGCCCGUGCCACCCUUUGUAUGCUGGCAGCAACGUUAUUGGUGGGGGUGGUGGCUGUGCGGGUGCAGCUGGUGCAGAGGGGCUGCUGGCGCUGGUGCGGGUGGUGCUGGACACAAAGCAUUUGGUGAAGGGGUACUGGGGGGAGGAGGGGCGCGGAGUGGGAGUGAGAGAAUCGGAUGGGUUGAUGUGUGUGGCGUUUCGAGUGGUGGUGGAGGAGAGCGAAGAGGAGGAGGAGAGGGAGGGGAGUGGGGAGAGGAAGGAAAGAGCUGGGAAGGAGAGAGAGGCUGCUGCACUGAAAGUUGAAGGAGGUGCAGGUGGAGAAUCGAUCACUGGAGUACUGGCAGAGCCUGGAACAGGCGAGAAGGCCGGUGCUGUGCAAGCAGCAGCAGUGACAACAUCACCCUCGGCCUUGGUCCGGCUGAACCUCAGCCCUUGCUGUGUUCUGCUGGUCCGAGGCUCAGGCAUGGAUGCAGGCUCGGACCUGUGCUGGGAGGGAGGGUCGGAGGGGUGGGUGGUGGAGUGCAGCUGUGGCACGAGGGAUGACGACGGCGAACAGAUGGUGGCGUGUGAUAGGUCAGUUGGGCAGAGGGUGGCGUGUGAUAGGUCAGUGGGACAGAGGGUGGCGUGUGAUAGGUCAGUGGGACAGAGGGUGGCGUGUGAUAGGUCAGUGGGACAGAGGGUGGCGUGUGAUAGGUCAGUGGGACAGAGGGUGGCGUGUGAUAGGUCAGUGGGACAGAGGGUGGCGUGUGAUAGGUCAGUGGGACAGAGGGUAGCGUGUGACAGGUCAGUGGGAGAGGUGGCAGCGUGUGAUAGGUGUGAGGUGUGGCAACACACACGCUGUGCGGGUUUCUCUGAGCCUCCCGCCAGUUUCCUCUGCGACAUCUGCUCCAUGCUGCUCUAG